AUGAGUGCGCAACUCGCCCAGCUCCAAGAGGACCGGGGCCAAUACCAGGAACAGCUCGACCUCGUCGUCGGCUCGCUGAAUGAUGACCCCGGCAACGAUGAGCUUCUCGCGCUCAAGGCCGAGCUGGAGUCGGCACUCGAGAUCAUCGACGCGUCCAUUGCGGAGCUGAAACCAGAGCACAGCAAAAAGGCGGCAACCCCAGCAGCAGCCGAGAUACCCACAGCACCAUCGGCGACAGCAGCAGAAGCAGCAGCAACAACUACAACAUCAAUAGCGUCAGCAGCAACGCACGACGACGCGCCGGUUGUGUACAAGGUCAACGAGAGCAUCCUGGCGCGUUGGGUGACGGGCGAUAAGGGAUUCUACCCGGCGCGCAUCAUGUCCGUGACGGGGUCGGCGACGGCGCCCAUGUACACAGUUAAGUUCAAGUCGUACGACACGAUUGAGACGCUGCGGGCGCGCGACAUUCGGCCCCUUGCGCCGGCAAACAGCAGCAGCAGCGCCACGUCGUCAGCAGCGACCAAGCGCAAGGCCGACGGCAGCAGUGCGACACCCUUGUCGCCGUCGACGUCGACACCAACACCGCCCCCUCCCUCCUCCUCCUCCUCCUCCGCCCUCUUCUUUGUCGGCACCCUCUGUACCGGCACCACCCCAGCCGCCACAGCCUCCACAUCUCCAUGGUCUGCCGCCACCGCCACCUCCACCUCCACCACCGGCGUCGCACCCAUCGGCCGCGGCUGUGGUCGCUGCCGCGCCGCCCCCAUCCCUCCACCGUCCCGAUUCCGCGCAAUCGACCGCUUCAGCCAGGGUGUCGUCUCGUCCGCAUCGCCCCAACUGUACACACAACCGCCGCAACGGCAACAGCAGCAGCACCAGCAGCACCAGCAGUGGCCAUCCGGCAGUGUAGCCAAUGUCAACAACAACGGCGACAGUAGCAGCGCAGCAAGCGGUAGUACCGCCACAAAUGCCACGCCGCUCGGCGAGGAGCCGCCCGUCAAGAAGUUCAAGAAGAUCAAGGCCACGAAGCAGCUCGAGGCCGGCAAGAGCAAGUGGCAGGAGUUCAGCAGCAAAGGCAAGACGGGCAAGCCAGGCAGCAAGAAGGACAGCAUGUUCCGGACGCCCGACGGGCCGCAAGGACGAGUCGGAUUCAUUGGCUCCGGACAGGCCAUGCGUAAAGAUGUCACGAGAAGUCGACACAUCUACCAGACCAAUGAUGAUGUGGACUAA